ACGUUCUGGCCGUGCCGUCGUGCUUAGACUAGAUCAGUGCUAAUAGGGAAAAAACACUCAGUAAUCGUAGUAAAAUGCUUUAGUAAACACAUAUAUUAAAUCCUGUGGAUUCCAAACAGUUGACUAAUCUCCAAUCCAUCGUUCUGCGCUGUGAAAAAUACACCACUCUGGGUGAAAGUAUGUAGUGUGGUGUGAUCAAUUUCUUCGAACAUGUUUACACUUUUGCAUGGCUUUUACAAGUACCUCAAACAAAAGGACGAAUACUGUGUGUUAAUUUUAGGACUAGACAAUGCUGGAAAGACGACAUACUUGGAGGGCGCCAAGACGAAGUUCACAAAGAAUUACAAGGGGAUGAAUCCCAGUAAGAUCACCACAACAGUGGGACUAAAUAUUGGCCAAAUUGACAUUCAGGGAAUCCGUCUGAGCUUCUGGGAUUUGGGCGGGCAAGAGGAAUUGCAAUCACUCUGGGAUAAGUACUAUCAAGAGUCACAUGCAGUGAUUUACAUAAUAGAUUCCCACGACAGAGAGCGUAUGGAUGAAUCCAAGGAAGUGUUUGAUAAGAUGAUUUCAAAUGACCAUCUGUCAGGUGUUCCACUAAUGCUCUUGGCCAACAAACAGGAUCUGCCAGAUUGCAUGGGCGUGAGGGAGAUCAAGCCUGUUUUCCAACACACAGGCCACCUGAUUAGAGGCGAUUGUCUCGUGAUGCCUGUUUCUGCUUUAACUGGGGAAGGCGUCGAUGAGGGUGUCAAAUGGCUUGUGGAUGCCAUCAAGCGGAACAGCGUUGUGAGACCAGCGCGAAGCACUGACUAAUUUAUGAAACUCUCCUUGUUUUCCAUUAAUUCACUUCUCCUUUUGUACAUAUCAGAUAUACUCUAUAGUAAAACCUUGCAGACGUCCUCAAAGGAAAAGUAUGAGAUUAUCAAAGAUAUGUGGUCGCAACUGAUAAGCCAGCCAUAUUCUUCGACAAUCCACGC